AUCCGCCUAUACAAAGAUUCAUUCACACACUCACACACACCGCCGCCGUCACACCAAAAUCACCGCCGCCGUCCGUACAAAUAUGUAUGAAGGCUCAAUUCACUAGCAAAUUAAACCUAUUAUCAUCAUCAUCACCGUUCAAUCGCCGUUCAUUUCCUUUCUUAUUUUCACUUCCAAUUAUUAAUCAUUAUUAUUAUUACAAUUCAAAACCUAGGGUUUGUAAUUUAUUAAAUAUAUCGACGGUUGCGACGGUUAUAGAUAGCAGUAUGGGGUCUCAAUCGGCGGCGGAAGUUGAGUGGCCGGCGAAUAAAGUUAGAAAAACGUUUAUAGAGUUUUUUGAACAGCGGAAUCAUGUGUAUUGGAAAUCUAGUCCUGUUGUUCCUGUUAAUGAUCCUACGCUUUUAUUCGCUAAUGCCGGUAUGAAUCAGUAUAAGCCGAUUUUUUUGGGUACUGCUGACCCAAACACUCAAUUGAGCAAGCUCACCCGUGCCUGCAAUACACAGAAGUGUAUUCGGGCAGGUGGGAAACAUAACGAUCUUGAUGAUGUUGGUAAAGACACUUAUCAUCACACCUUCUUUGAGAUGUUGGGUAAUUGGUCGUUUGGUGAUUAUUUUAAAGAGGAAGCCAUUGGAUGGGCAUGGGAGCUUCUCACAAUGGUUUAUAAGCUACCCGCUGAUCGAAUAUAUGCUACUUAUUUUGGUGGUGACGAGAAAUUGGGCCUUCCUGCUGAUAGCGAAGCUAAAAAUAUAUGGCUAAAGUAUCUGCCUCCUGCACGAGUUUUGCCAUUUGGUUGUAAAGAUAACUUUUGGGAAAUGGGUGAUACUGGACCUUGUGGACCCUGUACUGAAAUACAUUUCGAUAGAAUUGGUGGUCGUGAGGCCGCAGAGUUGGUAAACAAUGACGACCCUACUUUGAUCGAAAUAUGGAAUAACGUGUUUAUUCAGUUUAACAGGGAAGCCGAUGGCUCCUUAAAACCGUUGCCUGCUCAACAUGUGGAUACUGGCAUGGGUUUUGAAAGAUUGACUUCAAUUCUUCAGAACAAGAUGAGCAACUAUGAUACUGAUGUGUUUAUACCUAUUUUUGAUUCUAUCCAGCAGGCAACUGGUGCUAGGCCAUAUUCAGGCAAAGUCGGGCCAGAUGAUUCAGACGGAAUUGAUAUGGCUUAUAGAGUUGUUGCUGACCAUAUAAGAACUCUUUCAUUUGCUAUUGCAGACGGUUCUCGUCCAGGUAAUGAAGGGCGUGAGUAUGUUUUGCGACGAAUUCUUAGGCGAGCCGUACGCUAUGGAACAGAAGUAUUGAAAGCCCAGCAAGGAUUCUUCAACGGAUUAGUGAAAGUUGUAGUGGAUGUAAUGGGCCAUGUUUUCCCUGAGCUAAAAGCACAAGAGGAACAUAUUAGAGAGGUCAUAGCAGACGAGGAAGCAAGUUUUGGAAGGACAUUACUUCAUGGAAUUGAGAAGUUUAAGAGGACUGUUCAAGAUGUUAAGGGAAAGUCAUUCAGUGGACAGGAUGCAUUUGUGCUGUGGGAUACCUAUGGAUUUCCAUUGGAUUUGACGCAGCUGAUGGCAGAAGAAAGAGGGCUUGUGGUUGAUGUUGAGGGUUUUAAUACUGCUAUGGAUGAAGCAAGAGAAAAAUCCAGGAAUGCCCAGAAUAAGGGUAAUGCUGGUGCGAUUGUCAUGGAUGCAGAAGCUACUUCAAUACUGCAUAAUAGAGGCGUGGCUACAACAAACGAUAGUUAUAAGUAUACAUGGUUUGAGGACCACGAAAGUGUGAUAAAAGCGAUUUACACGGGCCGUGAAUAUGUUGAACAUGUUGAUGCUGGCGUUGAUGUUGGUAUAGUUCUUGAGAGCACAAGUUUCUAUGCCGAACAAGGUGGUCAGAUAUUUGAUACUGGACUACUCGAAGGCCCUCUUGGACCGUUUGUAGUGAGCGAUGUUCAAGUUUAUGGUGGUUUUGUGAUACAUCUGGGUAAAGUUACUGGGUCUGCCAAGUUUCAUGUUGGUGAUGAAGUUAUAUGCAAGGUUGAUUAUGAAAGGCGGCAGCGGAUUGCUCCAAACCACACCUGUACACACAUGUUAAAUUUUGCACUCAGGGAAGUCCUAGGAACUCAUGUUGACCAGAAAGGAUCCAUUGUUCUUCCAGAAAAACUAAGAUACGACUUCUCCCAUGGGAAGCCUGUAAAGCCGGAGGAACUUCGCAGAAUUGAAUCUAUUGUGAAUGAACAAAUUAAAGCUGAGUUAGAUGUUUCUGCGAAGGAGGCAAGCCUUGCUGAUGCAAUGCGAAUAAAUGGAUUACGAGCUGUUUUUGGUGAAGUGUAUCCUGAUCCGGUUAGAAUUAUUGCAAUUGGUCAACAAGUUGAUGAUCUCCUUGCCGAUCCUGAAGAUAAAAAAUGGUUGUCCAUAUCUGCAGAGCUCUGUGGAGGGACCCACAUUUCAAAUACUAGAGAGGCGAAGGCAUUUGCACUUUUGUCCGAGGAGGGAAUUGCCAAGGGGAUUCGUAGAGUUACUGCUGUAACGACAGAUCAUGCUUUUGAGGCUAUGAAAAAGGCUCAGGAACUUGAGCAGGAGGUUGACCUCGCAUCGAAACUAGAAGGAAGCCUUCUUAAGGAGAAAGUGAAAUUGUUAAAUGGUCAAGUAGACUCCGCUGCUAUUCCUAGCGCAAAAAAGGCUGAUCUCAAGGCAAAAGUGCUUAUUCUUUCGGAUCAAGUAAAUAAAGCAAAAAAGAAAACUGAGGAGGAGAACAUACGUAAAGCUGUUGAAGCUGCCACUAAAUCAGCAGAAGCUGCCGCUUCUGAGGGCAAGGCCUUUUGCAUUACACAUGUUGGAGUAGGAUCGGAUGCUGCUGCUAUUCGUGAUGCAGUUGUUAAAGUCAUGGAGCAGAGGGGAAUGGCAGUGAUGGUUAUCAGCACUGAUGAACAAUCGAAGAAGGCCUUAGUUUGUGCAGGGGUGCCAGUCAACAGCGAUCAAAGCAACCACUUGAAGGUUAAAGAUUGGCUGGAUGCAGCACUCAACCCUCUAAAAGGCAAAGGUGGUGGUGGGAAAGGUGGUCUUGCUGCAGGCCAGGGACCCGGCAUAGAUAAUGUAGAUGAAGCAAUUGACGUUGCUAAAUCAUUUGCAGCACUGAAACUGGGUUGAAAAGUAUUAGUUUGUGGUGUUAAAAACAAACAUUUUCUCAUAUCAACUAGGAAUUUCGUACUGAGCAUACACAAUGGCUGGUUGGUGUUGUGGCUAGCAUACUGUGAGUCAAUAUAGAUAGGUGGUUGAUGUGUUUUGGUGGCCCUUUCAUAUUCUGACUGUAACACAUUGGCUUGUUGCAAUUCAAACCUUUAUACGAAUACAGACGGGUUUCAAAUUA